CACUGCUGGGCACUGACUGGCGGCACUGACUGGCACAACCGCUGGGCACUGACUGGCAGCACUGCUGGGUUACACUGGUGGGUGGCACUGGUGGGCAGCACUGGUGGGUGGGCACAGGUGGGUGGCACUGGUGGGCACAGGUGGGUGGCACUGCUGGGCACAGGUAGGUGGCACUUCUGGGCACAGGUGUGUGACACUGCAGAGUGGCACAGGUGGGUGCACUGCUGGGCACAGGUGGGUGCACUGCUGGGCACAGGUGGGCGGAACUUGUGGGUGGCACUGCUGGGCACCGAUCAUCAGGGCACUGAUCAUCAGUGGCCCUGAUGAUCGGUGCCGAUCCCCGCUCUGACAACUGCCGGUUCUCGGCAGUACUUUCCUCACGAUCUGACAGCGUGAGGAAAGUGCAGCCGAGAACCGGCACUUGCAU